AUGCGGUUUUGUCAGUCUUAUCGCGACCGGCGGUUCGUCGUGCUCUACCUUGGCGAAGGACGCCACAAGGUCCUCUUCGAGCGGCUGUCUGCGGCCAAUAUGAGCGAGGACGAGACCGAUGGCGACGCCGUAGAGCACCCGCCGGUUUAUCGCAUCGUCAUCGCCGAAUGGCAGAGCGAAGAAUUCAAGCUAUUCCUCUGGGCGCUGGACGCGCUGUACCGCAUCCACUGGAAGGCACCGCCUGCCAGCAGGUGCAAGUCGGGCAAUCCUCCCAGGACGCGGGUCUUGCGGGAAGGCGCAGGUUGCAAGACGAUACCCGGGACGGCCGCUCCGGGUCUCUGGCGUAAUUGCUAUAACCCAGAGUGGUUGCGGAAGCUCAAGGCUCACGAUCUUGCCGAGCUCGACAUCCAGGAGGGCAUCUACGACUUCUCACUCGACACUGCUGCUGCUUAG